AUGGUUGAGCUGAAGAAGGACUCCGGGUUGUCUUGGGAGGUGGAGCUCUCAUGGGAGGAUGUCCUUCUAGGCUGCAAUGACCUGCCCCAGCUAAGUCUUACCGAGCAGGUCGGGUUCCUUCGACUGACUUCUGUUGACAAGAAGUAUGAUGUCGAAAGGUGUAUGUUUGUGUCCACCCUUCAGGAUUGCAGGGCUGCCGCUUCUAACGUUAAGAUGGACCAAAUCAAGCCCCCAAAGAACUUUACCCUAUCUCGGGAGAGUAUGAAUGCUGCCUUAGAUGUCCUCCGAGCUGGGCGGUCCGUGUCGGAAGCCACUCAGGAGGUGGCCCAGGUCUCUGCUGCGAGGACGGAGAGGGCUCCCAGGGUUACUGACAGGUCGGUUGAAGAUCCUAGGCAUGUGAGGACGGAUGUUGCCUCAUCUUUGGAGGAUGUCCCUAAAGAGAGAGCCCAAGUCACUCCGGUUGAUAGGAGAGCCUCAAGCGGUGAAAUGGAGGUUUUAGGAGCUUCCGUGGAGAUUGCCCCCGCAGCUGAGGACGUUCUUAUGGAGGGGGUCGAGUCCGAGCUAAAGGAUAGCAUUCCUCCCCGAGAGGAGUCCUCAGUUGCCCCUGAGGGUGCUGUCGAGGAGGCCACGAACAAGCGUCCUCCCCCUUCUGAAGCGCCUGCCCCGGCUCCUGUCCCCAAGAGUUCUCGGGCCUCCAGAAGACCAGCUCCUGCCCUGCCUCCUCUAGAAAAGGAAAAAACUCCUGUGGUGCCUCUGCUCUCUGCUACUGACAACGAGAUUCUGAACGCAGAGGACAUCACUCACCAAUCUCCAGCAAGCGUUGUCGCGGAGAUCCUAAGGAAGCGGAUGUUUGGCGGGCUACAGAGGCUUCGGACCCUCGUGAUGGGCCUUUUCAUGGAGGUGGAUGCUCGUGACCACUCUCUCCGGGAGUUUGUAGAUCGCCGGAUUGAGGAGGCACGCCUAGAGGAGAACUUGUCUGCCACCAGUGAUGCCAGGGGCAAUCUUGCAAUGGCCCACGAGCAUUCGAAGUCCUUACAGGUGAAACUAUCAUAUACCCUGGACGCUCUCAAGAGAGCUGAUGAAAAGGCAGCUGCGGUAGAAAUUCGCUGUGAUGAAGCUUUGAAACAACUGUCUUCCCUGGAAGAGGUUCGGCGGGAGAGGGACGAGGCUGUGAGCCAAAAGAACAAGGUCUGGCACCAAUACAAGGCCUUAAAGGCAGAUUCUGAGGCAGCCCAGACUCAUUAUGAUGCCGUGAUAGCCCAAAGGGAGGAAGCCUUGGCUCGAAUAGUGGUCCUCGAGCAAGAGCUGAUUAAGCAUGCAAAUAGUGAGAAAGACCUGGCCCUGGCAGCAGAGGCAUCUAGACUUCAAAACCAGCAUCUCUGCCAGGAGGUCGAGGCUCUUAAGAGGAGGUGUUCAGCCCUGCUCGAGGAUGCCAAGCACGCUGAAGAUAGAGUCCAAUUAGAGUGUGAGGAGCGCCUAAGGGAGUACAAGGAGUCGGCAGAGCUGAAAAAGGAGAUUGAGCAGGCCUGUGAAGCUCUUCUCCAAAGUUACAAGGACUCUUCUGAGUUAAAGGCGAAGAUAGCUGAGGCCUACGAGGCGCGACUUGCAAAAUUCAAAGCCUCUGACGAGAUGAAAAAUGCAAUCUGGCAUAAGGGCUUCCGCAUGUUCGUCUCCAGUUUCAAUCGGGGCUUGAGGGAAGCCAGGCAUGCCCUUUCCACCCCGCUAGCGCAACUCCGAGCUCUUGAGAUAGACUCUGAUGGCGAGGAGGUGCAUUAUGGGGAGGAUGACAGACCCUUUCCCAAAGGAGUUCCUCACAUUGCAACUGAGUCUCUUGAAGAGGGUACCGAGCUUAAGGAGGGAGAUGGGCAGGAGACCGCUGGGCCUGAAGAGGAAGGUGUCGAGUCUCUGAGGGAAUAUGCUGGACCUCAAGAGGGAGGUGCUGGGAGUGAGAUAGUGCCCUAUGUGGGCCCUGGGGCCCAGAGCAAAAUACUGGCCCUCCCCAGACUAGUAGUGUAA